GUUGGGAUUUGAACGCAAAAAAAGUCAUGAAUAAAAAAUAUAAAAUCGCGAAAAAAUUCAAAAUUGAAGACGCACCUUCGAGCAAUCUUCAUCAUUCAUUGCAAACUAUUGAAGUAAAUGGUAUAGAAGGUUCACCUUUGGUUAAAAAUGAACUUCCGGAGUACGAAAUACUCAGUGACAUGAAAAUGAGUGAUAAGAGUGUCGAAAGGCCCUUUCGAAAUGAUAAUGUUAAGAUGGGGCACAAUUCGCCGAAGUACAUCGUAACGCCAAAUGAAAUUAAAAGAGAAGAUUCUGACAAUGAAUAUGAAGAUGUAAAUAGCACUUCGUCAGAUUGUGAAAUAUUAAGUGAUAAGGAUGAGGUGUAUAGUGUGUCGUCUUCGGACGAUACAAUUUCUGAACAUUCUUCUCACUAUGAAAUGGAACAUAAAAUCGAAUGCGAAUAUAAGCUUCAUGAAAAUCCAAUUUAUCUAAUUUAUCCAAUUUAUCCAAUUUUUGAUAACAUCAAUUAUUUUGAUGACAUGUGCUUUACUUCAGGUUUAGAGAAUAUUGUAGAAUAUUCGAUGGAUGAGUUUGAGAAAUGCACUCGUCGUUCGCAGGAAAUUGUACUUCAAUUCUAUAGCUGCAUGAAGGGAGAUCGAACACGAAUCCCUUCUUUAUAUGACAAGAGCUGUUCUUUGAUUUUUGAUUCACAAAAAUUUGAUGGUGUGUUCUCCAUUGCGUAUUUUUACUUAAAUCUGCCAAAAACUGAAUAUCAAAUACUCCGAGUAGUUUGCAAAUUAACAAAUGAAGUCAUUACAUUGUGCGGUUUUGCGUACGAGGUUAGAGUUACUGGUACACUCGAAAUUGGAGAGGAGGCUUCCAAAUGGUUCCGUCAUAGAUUCAUAAUUGCUGAGUACGAAGAUAGAUGUAGAAUCGUUUAUGAAGAAUUAGUAUACUUCAAUCCUGUACUUAUACCAAAAAUUAAGUUAACGUUCACACAAUUUGAAGAAUCUUUACUAAAAUCGAAUAAUAUGGUGUUCCGUUUUUAUGCCUCGUUUAACAAACACCCAAUGCAGGUUGUAGACUAUUAUCACAAGAAAGCGUUUGUUGCCUUUGAUUACACACUUUACCACGGUAAAAUCAAGUUCACUUCUUUAUAUGCAAAUCUCCCAAGAAUGAGAUUCUUAGUAGCGCGUAUCACUACCUUGGUACCUGACGAAUGGGAUGGAUUAAAACAUAUAAUAGUUGUGCGCGGUACAGUUCGUGUCUUGGGAAACGAAGAUAAUGAACAGUGGUUUGAGCAAACUUUUUCUGUGUACUUCAUCCAUACAAGCUUUUCGAUUACUAGUAGCCGAUUUAAAUAUAGUGACCCAAUACAAGAUGUUGCUCCUGCUGUUAAAGAAUAUUCAGAUAUGUACUCAGAUAGUGCUGAACAAGCCCAGUUCGAACGUCUAUAUGGGCCAAAAUUUGAGAAGUGGGCGAAGUGUGUACGUCGAUCAGACAUAUAUGUUUUUAUGUUCUAUAAAUUUAUGGACGAGGAUCGUGAGCGUCUCUUUAAUUGUUACAAUGAGACCUCAACUCUUAAAUUUCUUGAGAAAACCUACAGGGGUUUACAUUCCAUUAAGACUUUUUAUUAUAGUAUUGCCUCUACAAAGCAUAAGGUCAAGCACAUUGCUGUGGAAUUCAUACCUGAAGUGGUGGUAGAAGGUGCUCUGUGUUACUCAAUCGAUGUGCUAGGUAUUGUCACGUUUGAUAAAGAUACUUAUAAGUGGUUCAAGCAAAAUCUGCUAGUGUUAUUCUAUGAGACGCGUUUUAACAUACGCAGAGACUGUUUUCAAUAUUAUUAUCAUGUGCGUGAAAAUCCGAAAAAAAUUGUGGCAGAUUAAAUAUAAAACCUAACUUAUUUCCUUAAUGUUAAGCACAAUUAUGAGAAAA